UGCAACGUUGUAUCACAAGGGCUCGAGCAGAGCCACUGGAGGCAGUCGAGCAUCAGACCUCGAGCUCAACAGGAGGAGAGAGGACAACGGCAAAGUCUCUGUUUACUUCAGCACAAGGAUUCACCUAAGCGUUUAUGGAUACUUCCACACUGUCAUGUCAUUUUCACGGUAUCCUUCGUCACGAGACACCCGUACGCUUUAAAUCGCUGCUCGCGCGUCCAGCCUCCCCGCGCGCACAGACAAGGACGGAGAGAAGAGACGUGCAUACUGUCCAAACUAAUAUAAAACACACGCCAGGCAUUUAAAAAAGCAAAUUGGACAGCAUGUCUAAAGAGAGCAGAGGAAAAGCGACCCUACGCAAGCACAGCGCUUCUCACUGGCGCAUGCAGAACAUUGCCCAGGAAUCUGUUGACAGCUCAGAUGAUGAGUUUUUUGAUGCCCGAGAGGUGCUGGAGGGGAAGACAGCAAUGCUUUUAGGGAUGAGUCAAUGGAACUCUAAUGAUCUCGUUGAACAGAUAGAAACCCUGGGCAACAUCGACCAGACUCGGGAGAGCCUGUACCAGCUGAGACGGCAGACACUUGUCCCGCAGACUAGCAUUGAUGGUCUAGAGGAAGCUGAGAAGUGUCCGACCCAUGUUCUGGUGUUGGUCGUUCAUGGGGGGAACAUACUAGACCCAGCAGGUGGAGAUACGGGUGCAAAAGCCGCAGAUGUAAACACCCUAUCAUCAGUGCUGGACAAAGUGUCUCAAGCUCAUUUCCAAACUGCUGCUCAGCACGUGGUUAUCAAGUUGGUGCCAUGCCCUGCCGUCUGCGCGGAGGCCUUCUCCCUCGUUUCUAACUUGAAUCCUUACAGCUAUGAUGAGAGUUGUGUGUCCAGCAGUGUUGAUCAUCUCCCUCUGGCCGCCUUACCUCUACUUGCUAUAGCUGCUCCACACUACCAAGAUGCAGUGGCUACUGUCAUCGCACGUGCCAAUCAGGUCUACCACAGCUUUCUGCAAUGUCCAGAAGGACAAGGGUUCACAGGCCAGGUGUGUCUGUUGGGUGAUUGUGUAGGAGGUGUGCUGUGUUUUGACGCUCUCUGCUUCAGUAACAGCCCAAUCCACAACAGCCGAUAUAACAGCACAGAGAAUUUAAAGGACAACCCUGAGGUCAGUCCGAGACUGAACUCCAGCAAGCGGCUCAGCAGAAGCAACAUAGACCUUUCCGCCCCAAGCGAAACCCGGAGCAGGAAAACCCCACUUAACCGCAAACAGAGCGACUCGUUCGAUGGAGACUCCUCCAGCAGUCAGCAUCACCCGUUCCUCAGCAGUCUGAUACAAGAUGGAACAGAUCUGAGACCAGGCAGCGGCACCAAUCUGGUAUUGAAUCCAGGUCGCUUUGACUUUGAGGUAUCAGAUUGUUUUUUUCUGGGCUGUCCUCUUGGACUGGUGCUGGCCAUGAGACGUACCGUGCUGCCUGCUGUCCAGGUGUCUCAGCUCCGGCCUGCGUGUUCUCAAAUCUUCAACCUGUUUUACCCCUCUGACCCUUCGGCAUCUAGACUCGAGCCCCUGCUGCAUUCCCAGUUCCACAAGCUGCCUCCCUUCCCCGUAUCCCGAUAUCAGCGCUACCCGCUGGGAGACGGCCGCUCCAACCUAAUCGUCGAUGACAUCCACAGCUACCCGGACGUGUUUCUGCACGGCAGCACGGUUCCAUCGAGCGGCCCUCACUCCUCCACUUCCCAGUCUGAACGGAGCGCAGUUGGCCGGGUGGGUGGCGAGGUCCGCAGGUCCAGUUUGACCAGCAUGGACAGCCAGUUGUCGGGCUGCUGGGAGAGCAGGCUGAGCAGCACCAUUGCCAACAUCUCUAGCAGUUGGUGGGGCUCUAAGCGGUUGGAUUACGCUCUGUACUGUCCAGAUGUCCUCACUUCAUUUCCCACAGUGGCUUUGCCUCACCUGUUCCAUGCAUCAUAUUGGGAGUCCACUGAUGUGGUCGCCUUUCUUUUGCGACAGGUGAUGCACUGCGACGCUGUGAAAACCCAAGAGAAUGACAACGCUGACUCCGCCCCCUUUUCACCUUCUAGUCCAAGAGAGAAGUGGCUACGAAGACGAACACAUGUCAAGCUUAGGAAUGUCACCGGCAACCACAGAGUUAAUGAUGUCAUCGCCACCGAGGACGGGCCACAGACGCUGGUUGGUCGCUUUAUGUAUGGACCGCUGGAUAUGGUGACCCUGACUGGUGAAAAGGUGGAUGUGUACGUGAUGACCCAGCCACAGUCUGGUCGCUGGGUGCAUCUAGACACUGAAGUCACCAACAGCAGUGGCAGGGUGACCUACACCAUCCCUAAAACCAAAAAGCUGGCUGUGGGGGUCUAUCCCAUCAAAAUGGUCGUCAAGGGAGACCAGACGAGCGCGGAGGCCUUCCUGACGGUGCUGCCGCGGGGAAUGGACUGUGUCGUCUUUAGCAUUGACGGUUCAUUUGCUGCUAGCGUCUCCAUCAUGGGCAGCGACCCGAAAGUACGACCUGGAGCUGUAGAUGUGGUCAGACACUGGCAGGACCUGGGAUACCUGAUUAUUUACAUCACCGGCCGUCCAGACAUGCAGAAGCAGAGGGUGGUCUCCUGGCUUUCUCAACACAACUUCCCACAGGGAAUGAUCUUCUUCUCGGAGGGAUUGGUCCACGACCCACUUCGUCAGAAAACGAUCUUCCUCAGGAACCUGGUACAUGAGUGUCACAUUAAAAUCAACUGCGCCUACGGCUCCAUGAAGGACAUUUCGGUCUACAGCAUGCUGGGACUCAGCCCCAACCAGAUAUAUAUUGUUGGACGGCCCUCAAAGAAAUACCAGAAUCAGUGCCAGUUCCUGAGCGAAGGCUACGCGGUACACCUGUCCUCCCUGCAGUUCAACCACAGAGCCCGACCCAAGAAGACCUCUUCGGUGCGCAUGGUGCUGCGAAAGGGGUCGUUUGGUCUGUCUGCCAAACCGGACUUCCUGUGCAAGCGCACGCACCUGCGUCGCACGAUGUCGGUCCAGCAGCCUGACCCGCCCAUUACAUCCAACCCUAAACCGGAGCGAGCUCAAAGUCAGCCUGAGUCAGACAAGGAUCACGGGGGUGGAGGAGGAGUGGGUCAUGGGGUGUGGGGACGGGGGUCUAUGCAUCGGGGUGACACCACUCCCUGACCAAAGAGCUGUGGAAAUGGAGGAGAUGAUCUCUCAGUGAACAGCAUCCUUGCAUCCUUUCAGGCCUCUGCUGAUUUUGACUGAAACACAAAUAAGAUCAAUCUCGACUGAUAUGAUAAAAACUGCUCAGCGAAGGACCCACGGAUCUGGCAUAGAUUUAUCGUUGCCUAAACCCUGAUACACCAGCUCACUGUUUUUCUGUAUUCAACAGCUGGAGUAGAGUUUGCGGGAUUGUUUCUGAAUCAAUUUGUGAGCUGUUUUUCAACCAACUGUGAGUCGCUGGAGAUGUAAGCAACGUUUUACUGUGAUGCAUUUUAACAUGUGAUGCAUAAUGGUCACAAAAAUGGAAAGUUUACAAGGUGAAGGAUGAGCUUUAUACUAGAUUUGCCAAAGUUUGCAAGAUUAUUACCGUCAUAUUGUAGUUUUGUUUAGUCCAUGUAAAAUAGUGAGCAACUAGCAAGCAAAUCCGUAAAUUGAAUUUAAUGUCCUUGGGUCAGAAAUUCACUAUACACAUCACAUUAACAGUUUUUCAAUGUAAUUGUUUACCAACGACUCUGUGAUACAAUAUAUUUCCUGUAUACAACUGUGGUUGGUCGCUUAACGUGUCAGUCUGGUGGUAUCUUUCUAAACUGAGGCCUGAUUAGGCAUCUAAAAGAAGAUAUCUUCUGAUAAAACAUCAAAUUUCAAGCUUAAGCAAUACACACCACGAAAUGAAGAGUGUGUAACCUGCCGUUCGGACGGGUCGUAUAGUGCUGACACCGGCAAUAAUCUCUCCGUUUUAAUAUUGCAGUCAUUUAUCUGCUCUAUGGGUGGCUGUCUGCGGGCCGCUUGUGGCCAGACGGACUUGCAAACUGUACAUUAACCUUGUGUGCCAGCGUGGCGACCCCUCGUGAACUCUGUCGCCACCGCUUAUGUUCAGCCAAAACAGAGCCCGAGAGCGACAACCUGCUCCCACCAUGCGUUCACUGAUAGUAAAUCUGGAAGAUAUUUACAACCGUCAAUGGUUUUACUCGUGCCUGUCUCUUACUCGUGUUGUAAAUAUACGUAAGCGACACUUGAGAUGAAACAAAUAUGUUUGAUGUAUUUGCAUGUGGCAAUAGCUGGCUGCAAAAACACACAUCCUUAUAACAAGAUGCAUUUAUUUGAGAAGAAAACAACAUGUGGAUUUAUGAUUUACUUAAGAAAUAACUAAUCAGUCUUAAUCUCGACAUUUUUCUUUUCAAGCAAACCCUUUUGAGGAAUAUUUUCUGUUCACCUUUAUAUACCAAAUGAUCAUUUUAAAUUUGUAUUGUACAGUGAUCGUGGUUGUCAAAUAUGUCGUCUUGUUAACCAGUUUAGAGGUUUGACGACAAACACUGAUAUUGUUUACAUGUAUCUCACACACGCACGCACACACACACAUACACGAGUGGUCGCAAUGGUCUUGUUUAAGUACAUAUACUAUAUUAGUAUCUUCUACUUUACUUGAGGGAAACUUUGGUGUUACGGUAAACUACUGUGUUUGAUCGAAGGACUAUCAGGCUCACAAUGCUGGCUUUUAAAAUCACAGAUAUCCAUAGUUCUUGUAACGUCCCAUUUUUCUUUAAUCGUUCCUGGUUUUUGGUAUUUUGUAUUGGGCUGUCUAUUGAAAAUUGUAAUUUGCAGAAGUAUUUAUGUAAUGGUAUUUUCUUGUAUAUUUAACUGUAAAUGUUUAUAGUACUCUUAAGAUCGUCUGUAUUUACUAUACGUGUGCGUACAUAUAAAUAUGCAAGUCUGUCCGUAUUUUCAAACGGAAAUGUAAGGUAUAUUUUGUAUUUAUUGUAUAUAUUUGUACUUCAGAAAUCGUACUAGUGGCCUUUUGUUUCUCCACAAAGACCCUCCGAUGUUUAAACGUAUAAACUGAGCCUGUAAUUUGUGUCAAUGAAACCACGACAAUGGAGAUUUUAUAGACAGACUUUAUUUUUAAUUCUUUCGUGUGUGUGUGACAAUGUGGGGCAGUGUUUCUAAUGAAGUCUUUGCUGAUUUGUCGUAUAUACAGUAUAUGAAUGUUUUCAAUCUUACCACUAUGUAUAUUUAUUUGUCGAAUAUCUAUAUUCUCGGAUGUUGAGUGAUAAAGUACAUUUGUAUUUUUGAAAAGCUGUCAAGUGCGCGUAAAAACCGCGAAAGUGGCGAUCAAACAAGGUCUCUUGACUAUAACAAUUAUUGUGGUUUAUGAUCCAGUUGGUCUAUUUCAGUGGAUUCACCUGUACCAAGCUGUAUCAACAAAUGUGUUACAAUCUCACUUCAAUAAACCAGCUAGUAAACUCAUCAUUAUUAAA